GAGCCAGCUGACCACAUCCUGCGGCGGCGGGAUUGGUGAACAGAGCGUUCACCAGCUGCAGGAGCUCAAGGAGGCCCCGGGGACCCAGGAGCUCUCUAUCCAGAUUCACAUGAGUCCCCUCACUCAAGCCUGUGCCAUGCCCCAGCUUCCCAGUGUCCCUGGAUGCCCUUGGCCUCUCAGAGCUCUCUGUAAUAAACUGAACGGUGGUUCCCAAAACGUAGGUCCAGGUCCUAGGCCCACCCACAUGAAUGCAAGCUUUUUCAGAGCCCUGGGGAGGAAGGGGCAGGGCCCUAGGACAUGCGGCACCAGGGGCGCAGAAGAAAAAAUUCCCUGUUUUCAGCUCCCCUGUGGGGGUCACGGGUUACCAGCCCAGCCGUGAGACUCGAGCACAACCAGUGGCCUAAGGAAGUGGGGCAGGUGGGGACCUCAUCCCAGGGAGCAGAAUAAAACGACGGUCAAUUAGACAGCCGUGCAAGGUUCCUCUUCCCCAGGCACCACUUCGAUGGCAGCAGAAGGACAAAGGUGAAGGAGCCCAGGGCUGAGGAGAGGGCAAGGGGAGCAGCACUGGAGGCACGGAUCCAGUGUGGCCUGGGAGAGUGACAGGUCAAGGGCAGAGCCGGGGGAGCUGCGCAAAGAGCCCCCCAAGAGAAGGGAGGGAAGGAGUCAGUGUCCCCAGGCCACGACCAAUGACCUGUAACCAAUGGAGGUCCCAGGUCAGUGGGUCCCAAGCUGCGCCUUCCCAAGGCUCCAGGGAAGACCGCUCCGGCCUCGUCCAGCUCUCCCUGCACCCGCAGCGCCCCAGUCUCUGCCUCUGUCUUCCCACGGCCUUCUCCCCUGUGUCUCUUCUGUCUCUUGUAAGGACCCCCUAAUUCAGCAUGGUCUCCUCUCGAAACUUUUCAUGACGUCUGCAGGGGACUUCUUCCCAAAUAAACUCACCUUUGCAGAUGCACGGGGAUUCACAGGGUUAGGAUGAGGACCUACCAUUUCGGGGGCCACCGUUCAGCCCACCAUGCAACCUCUACCGCAGAAUAAUUUAAGGUGGCCCCCAACCCCAUUUCCUUUGCCUUAUCCGAGGGAGAGAGGUAGGCUUCACAGGCCCCUCUGUGCACGGCCCACACGCUGGGCCCCACAGCAGACUUGGCUCCAGAGGCUCCCCGGCCCCUGCCCGGCCCCAGCCUGCUUCAGCUUCUGGUUUUUGGGAGCUGAGUGCAUGUGUCCCCUGCUAAAGCAAUCACCUCCGCAUGGCUCUGAGCCAGCCAGGCCAGGGCUCGCACCCAGAAUUGUCUUCCAGAGAAACUGUUUGCAUCUGUUUUAAGCUUGUGUCCUUGGGAACCUCUGGCUCUCUAGAGCUCACUGACUGGAGGGCAAAUGCUUUUCAUUAAGGUGGCAGGAGGAAGCUGACUCCCAGCCAGAGUGGGAGAAGGAAAGCCGCUGCACUGGCAGGCUUGGGGGGGUGGGGGCAGCAGCGCACGGCCAACGGCCUUUCAGUCGGGGGCUCCUCUCCACGUUGACAGGAUGGGCUGCCCGCGGAGGAAGGCCCUGUCUCUCCUCCUUAUUCUUGUGCCGGUGCAUCUGCACAGGGCUUUGUCGCAGGGAGCCAGCCCUGCAGGGCCAAGGAAGCCAUUUCUCGAGCGGCUCCGUAGGCUGGAAGAGCAGUUCCGGAGGUUCCAAGAGGUGACCUUAACCCACCUGCAAGACCUCGCCAGGAACUACAACCUGUCCUACGACGUCGAUGCCCGGUUCCAGAGCCUGGCCCGCGAGACCCAGGCCGUGGCCCUGGCUGUGAACCAGUCACACGCUGCCGUGCAGGGUGACCUGAGCCACCUCAAGACCUGGAUGCAGAAGACGCAGCGCAGAAGCCGGAAGGUGGAGUCCAGGCUGCUGGCCCUGGGGGCCGCCCUGAGCGAAAGGGACCGGCAGCACACCCAGGACAGGGAGGACCAGGAGGCCCGGAGGGGCGCCCUCUCCAGCCUGGCCCCGGCCGUGAGGGCCCUGCAGGACACGCUGGCUCACCUCACGGCCCUCGUGCAGGGCCAGGAUGCCAGGCUGGGUGCUCUUGAGGCCCGGAUGCAGGGGGCAGGUCCCAGCACUGCGACCCCGGCGCUGACGCCGGCCCAGCCCCUCACCUCACCUGGGCUGCCCAGCCCCAGCUCCCCAGCGGUGCACAGGGGGAGGCAGGUGCUCAGACCUUCGCCUGAGACCAGGGACCCGCCUCAGGACUCCGCAGGCCAUCCGCAAGGGACACGGGCACCCCCUGGCCCAGGCAGCCAGCAGGCAUGGUCCCCCGAGAGACCAGGAGAGACCUGUGACGUGGGCCCCGUGCUGGUCUUCCCUAACGCCUCCACCCAGAACGUCGCCUUCCUCAGCCCCGGCUUCCCGUGGGGUCUGCGAGCCCUGUCCGUCUGCAGCUGGGUGCGCACGGCCUCGGGCCGCCUGGGCACCCUGCUGUCCUACGCCACGGAGGAGAACGACAAUAAGCUCGUGCUGCAUGGCGGCGGGAACUCCCUGGCCCCGGGCGCCAUCCACUUCGUGAUCGGAGACCCGGCCUUCAGGGAGCUGCCCCUGCAGCCGCUGCUGGAUGGCCGCUGGCACCACGUGUGUGUCAUCUGGACGUCCAUCCUGGGCAGGUACUGGCUGCACGUGGACCGCAGGCUCGUGGCCACCGGCUCCCACUUCAGGGCGGGCUAUGAGAUCCCUGCAGGAGGGUCCCUGGUGCUGGGCCAGGAGCAAGACAGUGUGGGCGGUGGCUUUGACAGCUCUGAGGCCUUUGUGGGGAGCCUGGCAGGCCUGGCCAUAUGGGACCGGGCGCUGGUCCCCGGGGAGGUCACAAAACUGGCCACCGGUAGGGAGGUCCCGGGGGGCGCCAUCCUGACGCUGGACGACGCCCAGUGGAGAGGCGGGUUUGUGCAGCAGGUGAACUGCAGCUGCCUGGAGCUCUGUCCCUGAGGCCCUGCACUCUGGGUCCCCACAGGAGCAGCCGCCGCCGCCCUCAGCUACCCCUCCCCAGCCACCCCAGCUCAAGUGCCCUGUCCAGGUCCCCUCUGGACUGACCGGGAGGCGACAGGGCAAUGUGGGAGGGAGGGAGCAGGCUGACAGGUGCAGUGAGGCCAUGGGAGGACCCACGGGCUGUGACGUCAUUCCCGCCUGUGGGGGCAGGACUCCAUGGGGCCUUGCGCCUGCGCUGGGUUUGCCGAUGGAGAGCCCCAUUUUCGUGGUACCUGGGUGGGUGCAUUUGAACUGCCAUGGCCCUCCUUUGAGGUGGCUUAGAAAGCGUCCCCUGGGUGGUCCUUGCUGCCGUGUCCCUCAUGAAAAGGACCAGGAAUCUAUUUCCUGCCCCGAAGCCCCAGCGACUUGACCGGUCACUCCGGGGCCUCCAUCAAGCUGCCGCUGUGGGAGUCCGUGAAGG